AUGAUCGUUAAAGGUAAGCGGACGAAGCGACAGAGGCAGCCGUCUCCCCUGCCUUUCCCCCCGCCGCGGCCGGUGCCAAUUUCGGCCACCGCCGCGACGAAUUCGGGGAGCAACAGCUCGGCGGAGAGCACGUGUACGGAGGAGGAGGACAUGGCGAACUGCCUGAUUCUGCUGGCUCAGGGCCGCCGCAGCCAGCGAGGGGUGUUCGUUUAUCAGUGCAAGACGUGCGACAGGUGCUUCAGUUCGUUCCAGGCGCUCGGCGGGCACAGAGCCAGUCACAAGAAGCCGAGAUUGAGGGAGGAUGGCGGAGAGGAAUUGGCCCUUUCGUUGCGGAUUGUGAACACGGCGGCCGUCAACGACAAUCAUAAUCUUCCGACGACGACGGCGGCGGUGAAGCCGAGUAAGGUUCACGAGUGUGCGAUCUGCGGGGCGGGGUUUUCGUCAGGGCAGGCGUUGGGAGGACACAUGAGGAGGCACAGGACGGUAGUUCCGGCACCGCCUGCGGCGGCGGCGCUGACCGCCGAUCUCAAUCUGCCGGCGCCGGAAGCAGGGGUGGACGGGAGGGAACCGAUUAAUAAGUUCCGAUUCCCGGCGACAGGACUGCAGCUCGUGUUCUCGGCGGCCAAUCCUCUGGUGGAUUGCCAUUUCUGA